ACACCUCCAUAAAUAAAUCAAGCUCCUUUAAGAAACGUCAAAUAAAUAGUUGGCGGAAUAAGUGAAGAUUAAAAAUAAAAGCGAUGGGUCGCGACGAUGACAAUGGAUUUGGUGAUUGGGGCGGUUACUUUGAAGCCAAGAAAUCCAAGCUCGAGGAACAAUUUGCCGCCGCCAGCGAUCCGUUUCGCAAGUCAAAUAUAUUUGAUGGAAUUUCCAUAUUUGUCAACGGACGCACAAAUCCAUCAGCUGACGAGCUGAAGCGCAUUAUGAUGGUGCACGGCGGCAUCUUUCAUCACUAUGAACGCUCGCACACGAAUUUCAUCAUUGCAUCCAAUUUGCCGGAUGUGAAGGUGCGUAAAAUGGACACCAGUAAGAUUAUAAGUGCCCAAUGGGUUGUGGACUGUGUGAGUGAGUCACGUGUGCUCGACUAUAAGCCAUAUCUACUGUAUACCAAUCAAAAGACGACACAGCCGCGAAUUAACUUUACCAAAGGCAAGAACAACAAUUCAACUGCCACGGAUAUGGAUAUGGAUGAGACCGAAAGGUUGUCUAAGGAAUUGGGUGGCGUACUCAAGGAGCUGCAGCAGGCUGUAGCCACAUCGCCCGACAAAAACACCACCAACAUCAGCAACAACAACAGCAUCACCAAUAUAUCUGCUACCACAAAUCCAGGCCGUGCUCUCACUGCUGUCGAUCCGGCAUUCCUUGGCGAGUUCUAUAAGAAUUCGCGACUGCAUCACAUUGCCACACUUGGUGCUGGCUUCAAACAAUAUGUCUGCGACUUGCGCCAGUCACAUGCUAACAAAUCCUUUGAGAAACGUGAAUCGAUGCGUUCGUUCCUGAUGAAAAAGCCCAAGCCGCUGUUGCCCGCAACUGUCAAACGUCGUGUGAUGCACAUUGAUAUGGAUUGCUUCUUCGUAUCGGUGGGUUUGGUCAAUCACCCAGAGUUGCGUGGCCUGCCCGUCGCGGUGACACACUCCAAGGGCGGCAGCGGAGCCAGCGAUGUGCCAGUCCAUCCGCAAGCCAAUCGUCAGGUGGAGCAGGAACUGUUCGCCCAACGCUUCGAACAGCAUUUGCACAACAAUGUGCUGGCGGACAAAGUUCGCGGCGGUUUUGACAUGAAGAUGUCGCUCUCAGAGAUUGCAUCCUGCAGUUAUGAGGCUCGAGCUAAAGGCAUUCGCAAUGGCAUGUUUGUGGGCCAAGCUCUGAAACUGUGUCCCGAACUCAAGACUAUUCCAUACGACUUUGAGCACUAUCGCCAGGUAGCAUUUGCUUUGUACGAUAUUGUGGCAAGUUAUACACUAAACAUUGAGGCUGUUAGCUGUGACGAAAUGUUUGUUGAUCUCACAGAUCUGCUGCAGGACUUGCAGGUGGAUGCCAUGACCUUCGUAUCCCUCUUGCGUCAAGAAGUGCGCGAAGCUACCAAAUGUCCCUGCUCCGCCGGAGUGGGCGACAACAAAUUAAUGGCUCGUCUGGCCACCAAGGUGGCCAAACCAAAUGGCCAGCAUUUGCUUGAGACUGAAGAUGCAGCCAAUUAUAUGGCCUCUCUGGAUAUAGACGUGUUACCAGGUGUGGGCAGCAGCACGACCUAUAGACUCAACCAAGCGGGCAUGAAGACAUGUGGCGAUGUGCAGCAAGCUUCGCUGGUGAGUCUGGAGAUGCUGCUGGGCAAGAAGAUGGCGCAAACACUGUAUCAAAAUUGUCGUGGUCUCGAUCCGCGUCCCUUGGUCUAUGAGCAGCAACGCAAAUCUGUCUCAGCUGAGGUCAAUUAUGGCAUACGCUUUACAAAAAACGAAGAUCUGGAGACAUUUCUGCAACAGCUGAGCGUAGAGGUUCAUACCAGACUGACUGAGAUUAAGCGCAAAGCCAAAUCGAUUACACUGAAGCUAAUGGUACGCGCUGCCGAGGCGCCCGUGGAAACCUCGAAGUUUAUGGGUCACGGCGUCUGCGACAAUCAGACAAAGUCUGUGCUGCUCAAGCAGAGCACCAAUGAUGUUCAGGUCAUUACAUCGAAUGUGCUACGAAUGAUGAAGGAGUCGGGAUAUCCGCCGCAUGAGCUGCGCGGCAUUGGCAUUCAUCUAAGCAAGUUGGACGAUGUUGUCGAGUCGAAGAAGGAGAAUGUCAUCAAGAAUAUGUUUGUGAAAAUGUCAGAAAAACAAAAGACUAAACCAGUAGAUGUGUCCAUAGCCAAGGUAAAGGAGCCAGAAGUUGAGAUACCUAAGAAUUCAGGAAAGGUCAAUGUGCUUACCAUGUUAAUGACUGCGGCAGCAAAUCGACAGCGCAAAGGCUUUGAGCAAAUACCAACUGGAAACACACGCAUAUCCAUGCGCGAUGAUUUGUUUGAGGAAAAUAUCGAGGAGGAGAAGAAACAACAACUUGACGACAGUCCAAGGAAGGCAACCGACUUGCGGUUUAAACCCGCAAGGACAUCAAGGCAAGCAACAAUAGAGCAGUUCGAUCCGGAAGUGUUGGCUCAACUGCCCGAGGAUUUACGUCGCGAAAUUCUCAGCUUUCCGGAUGAGUAUUUGCCAUCAGCCAAAGUUGAUACAGAACUUAGCAGUCGCGUAAGCCGUCGAAAAUCGCCUUUAAAGUCGCGACGAAUGCGAUCGAUCAGUCGAUCGCCUUCGCCUCAGGAGUUCCUCCCAUCGACGCCUCCAAAUUCGCCACCGUUGCCAGGAUGGCGACGUUCGUUGUCCCCCAGCACAAGUCCUUUGAGUGUGAGCGAUCUGCAGCCAUCGACUUCGAAAGUGGCGCUUGAGCGGCAGCUGAAACGCGCCGCUUGUCGCUCCGAUCAAAUUGUGGUGGAUUACGUGAAGAAAUUGCCAGAUCACAUGCAUCCCCAAAUCCUGCAGUAUUUGAAGAAUACCAAAACAAUUCCAGAAGGGAUAAUAGAGCCAGCUGAGCCGGCUGCCAAGGAAGUAGCCAAAGUAGCAUCACCAACACAAUUGGUGGUGGAGAACGACGGAGUUGAUCCUGAAUUCAAGAAAAUGAUAAUCACCUGGGUGAAGACUGAGGACACACCGCAGCCAGCGGAUGUGAACUUGAUGUUUAUGAGCUUCUGCUAUCUGGUGGAUGACAACAAAAUAGACGAAGUCUACGAGCUGAUGAAGUUUCUGUGUCGUUUGAUUAAAUCGAAACGUGGCAACAACUGUCGCUGGCACAUGGCCUACAAUGAGAUCGAGUCGAAUGUGCAGGAAAAGGUUUACGAGGUACUCGAUUAUCACAUCUACUUCACGGAGGUCAUCGGCUGUUGCAAGUGCUCUUAAAACGAAGAAACUGCAGUGCAGUUAAUUGGAGAUUAGUUGUAAUCAUUACGGAACGAUGGUACAAAUGUUUUUCUUUUUAAGUUUUGCAUGUUUUUAAGUUUUGUGUUUAUGUUUGAUUUGAAAUACAACGAAGUUGUUGUGGCAAUCGA